GUCGACGUUAGAUCUUCUUAUGGUCAGUUCAAUAGCGCCCAUACCCUUAUUCUCAAUCUCCUUGCCGACAGGGCUGGAACCCUACUAUUGAUAGUGCAAACCUUCAAGAAAAUAAUGUCACAAGUGGAACUCCAGCGUUUUCGUAGGUGGCGACCGUCCUUCCUGACAACCGUGGGCCGUAUCCAAGGCGUCAAAACAUCCUUAUAACUAUGGUCCUCUUACCAGAUUGCCCAUCGAAGACCGCUCUCCCGACGUCGUACUACGUCUAAGAUCGUCGUGUUUAUGGCCGCUCUCCCUUCAUUCAUUGAACUCAUGGCUUCUCUCGGCAUUAACAAUGAAGAUGCUGAUGCUAAGCCAGCAUCUACCCCGACUAUCGUCAGGACGCGAGAUCGUUCAUCAUCUUGUUCAUCUUGUUCUUCAUUGGGCAGCUCUGUUGACGGUUGGAGCCCUUCCAUCCGCUGCGCCAAUCUAUCCACAACCCGAGACAUUGAGUCUGAUAGGCGCCCAGGCGCAUCUCGUCUCAGAGCAGUGAGAUACUCGCCAUAUAUUUCAGCUAGUUCUACUGCUAGACAAAGCAGUGUAGUGUCGUUGACACACAGUCAGAGUGAUCAAGAAGAUUCUAGCAGGUCUUCAUCACCGAAUCCCCCUUCGUCUCCUCAACGCACACGACGACCUUCACCCCUUCAUUUCUCCAAGAGAGAAAGAUCAUCCAUCACCCCUAUAUCAUCAUACGUUCGCCGCAAGACACCUCAGAACUCACCCACCGUUCUCACUUUCGCUCAACGGGAACGGGAAUACGUUGAGAGGCCAGAAAUUAUCACCCCUCCAUCAUUGAUGCCCAUGUCAUUGCCCACCAUCCCCCCGGUCCCUCGCUAGUUUACUUUGGAACAAUGGACGUUUCCACUCUACAGCUU